AUGAUGCGCGGAAUCCUAAUUUGUACAUUUUUGCUAUCUGCAGUAGGUUCAGUUUCCCCGUCUUUACCUAUCAAUGAUUUGAUGACAUAUGCCGGAUCGCAGUAUCAUAUCGUUUAUAAUCAAUGGAAAAAUAACACAUUUCAAUAUUAUCCAACAUUCGGUUAUCCACAAAAUGCUGAAUGGCAAUCAUCAACCGCCACAACCGGAUGGACAAGUGGAUUUUUUCCCGGUGUUAUGUGGAAUUUGUACGAAUAUAAUUCAACAUUUCUGAACAUGGACUAUGCAUUAGCUGUUACCACACCCACUCGUCUAUUUGCCAAUAAUACGCAAACACACGACGUUGGAUUUGUGAUAAUGUCUGGUUGUGGAAAUGCCUAUCGUCUACUGAAAGCAAAAUCCUUUGCUGAAGUGAUCAUAAAAGCAGCUCAGUCACUAUCUACUCGUUAUUCUCCCAUUGUUCAUUGUACACGAUCAUGGAAUAGUGCACAUGGUUUUCUGGUCAUUAUAGACAAUAUGAUGAAUUUAGAAUUGUUAUAUGAAGCUAAUGUAUUAACGAAUAAUCAAACAUUCUACAAUAUAGCCUUUAAUCACGCAAACCGAACAAUGUACGAACAUUUCAGAGAAGAUAACAGCACAUAUCAUGUCGUUGAAUAUAAUGAGACGGAUGGUAACGUUGUUCAAAAAUAUACAGCUCAAGGUUAUUCUAACAAUUCAACGUGGUCUCGGGGACAAGCAUGGGCCAUUCACGGCUUCACCAUAUCCUAUCGGUACACCAGACAUCAGCCAUUCUUAGAUACAGCCAUUGGUGCUGCAAAUUACUUUCUAUCCCGUCUACAAGGUGAAGUACAAGAUUCAGUACCCUACUGGGAUUUUGAUUCACCCUUCAAUGCCACCUAUCAGCCUCGUGAUACUAGUGCAGCCAGUAUUAUCGCUAGUGCACUUUUAGAAUUAGCUCAAUAUGUUCCUUCAGAAUUGUCAUUAGUGUACCUGAAUGCAUCUGAGAUAAUUUUGAACAAUCUAGGCAGUGCUGUGUACUUGGCCAGCGGUAACAAGAUAUAUCAGCUGCCAGCUAUUCUUGUCAAUGGGACAUCAGGACCGUAUCAUAAUCCACAGUCACCUGCUUAUGAUGUAGCCGAAAGUUAUGGUGAUUACUACUUCACACAAGCACUCGUGAGAUAUUCGAAGUUAAAACAAGGAAAAAAGUUAGAUUUAAUGCUUAAUGCUAGCGAUUAA